UCCAAAGUCGGGCAUGCAUCGCUGCUGCGCGCGCCGAUCUCGGCAUUUCUUGGUGGGGUGGCGACGACUCCCCCUGGGCGAUCACCGCUUUACUCCAGCCAGGUGCCCAGGUCGUCGAGGGGCCCUUCGCCGGCGACGGGCACCCACUUGGUAUGCACACCCCUUCUUUCCCCUUCCUUCUGCUGUGCGAAAUCGACUCAAACCCUAAGAUUAUGGAGAAGAUUGGGUUGCCUUCGAUGCUGUCCGUGCGAGGCGCCACCUGGGAGGUGGAUGCACCCCACUGCCAGGGCUGUUCUGUUCAGUUUACCUUUUUUACUAGGAAGCACCAUUGCCGAAGAUGUGGGGGCGUGUUCUGCAACAGCUGCACCCAGCAAAGGAUGGUUUUACGUGGACACCCUGAUUCACCUGUUAGAAUCUGUGAUCCUUGCAAAAAGCUUGAGGAAGCAGCACGCUGCGAAUUGAGAUAUGGACACAAAAAUAUAGCUGCGAGAGCUACCACAAAAGCAACCACAAAACCAGAAGAUGAAAUUCUAAGUGAAAUUCUUGGAGGUGAUGGAGUGCAGAUCCAGGUUUCUAGCAAGGAAUCUCUGAAUUCUGAGUUUUCUGGGAUACGUGCAAUCAGUGCCAGUUCCUCCGGAUCCAGUUCGAGAAGAACUACUGCUAAUUUGAAUAUGGACACAGAUGGAGAUGAGAAGCUUUCUGCUGAAGCACAUGAUUUUGAUAUCAACAACGCUGCAGCUGGUUUUACCCCAGAGGAGUUGCGCCAGCAAGCUGUAGAAGAGAAGAAAAGGUACAAAACUUUGAAAUCAGAAGGUAAACCGGAUGAAGCACUGCGGGUUUUUAAGCAUGGUAAAGAACUUGAGAGGCAAGCUGCAGCGCUUGAAUUAGAAUUGAGAAAGAGCCGGAGAAUGGCUACAAAAGCUCCUAAUGUAGCUGCUGCACUUAGUACCCCAACGACUGAUAGUUUUGAUGAGCCUGAAACAAAAAGGUAUUUAGCUGGGAAAAGGGUCAAGAAAGAAAAGAAUGAUCUUGCCUCUGAGCUCAGAGACCUAGGCUGGUCAGAUGCAGACCUUCGUGAUGAAACGAAGGCAGCCCCUAUGAGUGUGGAAGGAGAGCUGUCACAGCUUCUUAGAGAGGUGGCCCCUAAAUCAUCGGAGGGCAAGAAAACAGGUGGUAUCAAUAAAUCUCAGGUUAAUGCUCUGAAGAGGCAAGCCUUAUUGCUGAAGCGGGAAGGUAGACUUGCUGAAGCAAAAGAAGAGCUGAAGAAGGCUAAAAUCUUGGAAAAACAACUAGAGGAACAGGAGAUUCUGGGUGAAACAGAAGACUCGGAUGAUGAUUUGGCUGCCAUUAUUCAGAACAUGGAUGAUGAUAAGCAUGAUGGCAUAUGGAUGGAUGAUCCAAACAUCCCUGCUUUUAACUUUGAACAAAUUCUCGGUGCCUCUAAUGAUCUUGCCAUUGAUGGGCACUUUGAUGUUACGGAUGAUGACAUGAACGACCCAGAUAUGGCUGCUGCCCUAAAAUCAUUUGGCUGGAGUGAGGAGGAUGACAAACAAUUGGAACAUCAUGAGCCUGUUUCUUCUUCAAAUCAAGAUGUGCUAAAGGAGCAAAUGCUUGCUCUUAAAAAAGAAGCUGUUGCAAACAGAAGGUCUGGUAAUGUUGCAGAAGCCAUGACCUUGCUUAAGAAGGCAAAACUACUUGAGAAGGAUAUGGAAACUGAAGAGCCAGAAUCAAAGGUUGCUUCUCCAGAGGGGCAGAAAACUAUGCUUGCAGAAGAUAUCACUUUUGCAGGGACGACUGCACGACCUGUAUUGGCACAUCGAAGUAAGCUAGCAAUUCAGAGAGAACUGUUGGCUCUGAAGAAGAAGGCACUAGCUUUGAGGAGGGAAGGGAAGGUGGAUGAGUCGGAGGAAGAGCUGAAGAAAGGUAGCGUUCUAGAAAAACAGCUUGAAGAAUUUGAGAAUGCUUCCAAACCUGUAGCAAAGGAAACCAGGAGCUUUGCAUCUAAUCCCCCGUACAAGGUUGAACCCCCAAGUCUCAAUCUUGCUGAUGAUGGAUAUGAAUCUGAGGUUACGGACAACGACAUGCAAGAUCCAGCAUUGUUAUCCAUGCUGAAAAAUAUGGGGUGGGAAGAUGUUGAUACUGAUUCUGCAAAAAGAAAUGACAAACCAUUGGUUUCUUCACAUUUAGUUAUCCAGAAAUCAUCAAAAGCUAAGGUUCAGCUUCAGAAGGAAUUGCUUGGUAUAAAAAGAAAGGCUCUUGCACUCAGACGGGAAGGGAAAAACAUAGAAGCUGAGGAGGAACUGGACAAGGCUAAGGUCUUGGAGCAGCAACUUGCAGCGAUCGAAGAAUCAAAUAGCUCGACUGCUAGUCAAGGUGUUACUAAUGCUGGACAUCAGAUUAUUGAAAAUAAAUUAGAUGUUCAGCAUGUCUCUACUAUUGAUGCAACUGUACCCACAUCUUCAGUAACAAAAACAAUGAAAUGGGACGAUAUGUUGCAGGCACAUGGAUCUGAACCUGGUAUAUCUGUGGAUACUCUGGGUGAUUCUCCAAGCAAACUGCAGGUUGAGACAACUGGUUCUAAACAAAUUCAUGUGGCAAAAGAAAGUAGUGAUGGAGCAUCGUCAGCCUUGUCACGUCCAUCUUAUACUAAUUCUCUGGGAUCUGAAAAAGGGUCACAUUCACCUUCUGAACUACGUGUUCGUAAAGAGCCUCACAAAACACAUGGAGAUGAUAUUCUUACAGAUGAGAUCUUAUUUCAUAAGAGAAAAGCAGUUGCCUUCAAGAGAGAAGGGAAGAUGGCAGAAGCUAGAGAAGAACUGAAACUGGCAAGACUCUUAGAAAAACGCCUUGAAGGUGCUCAACAAGACAACAUGGAUGGUGAUGAUAACUUCAUUGCUCCUGCUGGGGGACAGAGCAUCGUGGCCCAACAACGUGCUAGUUCUAGCAUCCAAACUGAUGGUGUGGCUUCUGCCCCUCCUGCACAGGCGAGCAAGUCGACACAACCUCAGAAAGUAAUGUCCAGCCGAGACCGUCUUAAAAUUCAACGUGAAUCCCUAGCUCACAAGCGCAAUGCCCUCAAGUUGCGGAGAGAAGGAAAGAUUGCAGAAGCAGAUGCAGCAUUUGAACUGGCCAAGGCGCUAGAGAGCCAAUUGGAAGAGUCAGACAACCAAGGUUCAAGCUCCGGAGUCAAGUCAGGUGAACCAAAUGACGCGAUGGUGGAGGAUCUUCUUGAUCCUCAAAUCAUGUCCGCCCUAAAAUCCAUAGGUUGGAGCGACAUGGAUUUAUCCAUGCAAUCUUCUAGUACACAACCUCCUAAGCCCCCGCAGACUUCAAAAGGUCAGCCUACGCAGAAAGUGGAAGUGAAGCCAGCCAUUACAGUGGCCAGCAAGCCUCAGAACGAGAGAAGUCAGCUUGAAGAACAGAUCAAGGUGGAGAAACAGAAGGCACUCAACUUAAAGCGGGAAAGGAAGCAGACUGAGGCCUUGGAGGCCCUUCGCUCAGCAAAGCGACUGGAGAAGAAGUUGUCCUCACUUAGCUAACUACUACCAGAUUGUUUGUCUUCGAUGUGACAAACUAACAUUACAAUUGAAAACCCACUGAAUGUGGCCGUGAUAUAUGUAGAAUCAUAGAUAAUAUAAACUUCAAUUCAAGGCAUUUGUAUUUUGAUUGGUCCUUGGCAGUUUGUGUGAUCCUUUUGGACUCCACUAGUAACUGGUUUGUGAAUCACAAUCAAGCAGCGAUAUGGGCUUACAUAGUUGCAUUUGCAUCUAAAGUGGGCAGAACUUAUGCGUGUCAUGAAGAGACUGAGGUUUGAUGCAGAGUCAAUGUUGUGGUUUAGGGCACAUUGAGCCAAAUGUACAUAGAUUUUGCGUACAUUUACAAAACUUUGAGGCAGCAUUUGCAUUUCAUUGCUGAAGCAUAUUCUUGCUUAUCUGUGCCCUUGAAAUCUGACCCUGCAGAAAGUGUUAUGUCCUGGCCUUCUGAAAGCAACUGUACUUUCGACCCAUGUCAACUUGCUGUACCUCUUGAGGCAUCAGAGGAUACAUGCCAACCACCUAAUUAUUUCGCCAAUAUGCCAAUUCUCAUUGCAGUGGCUGGUGGCUCAAAUAGUAGUUGCUGUUGGUGGAUUGCUAGCAGCUAGCAUGCCAAAGGAGGAAUUAAGUGACUGAAUAAUCAACCUGGCCAGAUCCAUACAGCACGCAUCAAUAGGGAGAACUUAUGUUGUUGUUGUUGACCCAAUGAAGCAGCAGUUGGUCGCAAACCUGAGAAAUGGGAAGAAUUGCAUGAAGAGUCAAGAUCUUGUUUAAGGCCUAGUGGAGUUCAGGACAACUCUGGAGGAGAUUGUUUUGAGGAAAAGAAAGCUGCACAAGGAUUAGGUGCAUGCAUCGCUGAUUCGCUGCAGAAGUUGGGGGAAUACACCGAGAAGCAAUGAGGCAGCACACAGGUUGUGGAGCUGUCCAUGGAGACGGGAGAGGAUUCCGGCUCCACCAAGGCCUGUCAUUCUGUCACGGCGUCACGCCAUAGCUGACUGCUAGGGAUGAAAACGGAUCGGAUACGGACGGAUAUCACCGAUAUCAUAUUUGUUUUCACAUUUCUGGUCGGAUUCGGAUUCGAAUACGGAUAAUAUCAAUUAUGUCGGAUAAGUUAUGAUUGGAUGUCGACAUCGUAAAUAUACGAUUUAAGUAUUCGGAUACGGAUACGGUAUCGGAUGUUAAACAUUCGGACUCGAAUACGGACAGAUCUGAACCUCUCUAAACGAAUUCGGUCUCGAAUACGGUCGGAAAAUAUCCGUACCGUUUUCAUCCCUACUGAGCGAGUGGGAGCCCGGCGAGUAAGGGGUGGUUGGCCUGGUGGGCUGUUGUGGAGUAUAUAUAUAACAAAUAAAUAUAUAAAUAAAUGUCGAUGGUGCUGUUCGCCUAUCUUUGCAUGUAUCUUUGCACAAUAGCUGGAGAUCUGCAUCUGAGGGAAAGUUGAAGCAAAUUUUGCUGUGAACUAGUAGCAGGGUUUAUAUCAACUGUCUGAAUGUUAUUGCCAAGCAUCAUAUCAUACAAAUAUAAUUUGUCUUUCAAA